CUGUUGCUAAGCAACGUUACUCCAAAACAUUCGAUCCUAAAAUCCUGUAGUUUAAAAACCAACCCGCUGCAAAAAGAAAGGGGCGAGAUAUUUUAACUGAGCAUUAACAAAACCCCAAAAGCUUAUUUUGAACAGCAGGGUUUUCCCAAGUCGUAAGUUUAGCAACUUGAAAAACUUGCGCAGGCUUUCUUCGGUCCCACCCUCUCUGCAGAACAGAAAGUCUUCGUCAAUCAAUCUCCCAUGAAAAAGGACACGGGCAUCUCUGGAGACCAGCACGCCUCGAUCACCAUUUAUAUAGGAAUUGAGUCGCUAGCAUGGGAAUCCUGGCAUCCAUCUCUGUAUAGGCACUAGCAAUGAAGGAAGGAAUCGCUCUGCAGAUGAAGGCCUUCAUUGCUCAGAGGCCCCCUGGGCGGCCCCAUACUGCCUGCUGGCAAUUCACAAAGAGUGACCUCGUUCAUCCGGUCCGAGUGAAAUCAGACAGGGCUCUCCGCAGCUCAGAGGACAGACAGGGUGCUCCGCAGCUCAGAGGACAGACAGGGUCCUCCACAGCUCAGAGGACAGACAGGGUGCUCCGCAGCUCAGAGGAUAGACAGCCUUGCGCCUCCACGUCUAGUCAGAGUGAGAAGAAGGUUCAUCUGCCUUCCAUUGAGGACACAGCAAGCACUACCACCCCAGAAGACCACCCCAAAGUCAGCAGAUUAGAAUCACUAACCAGGGCAGGAGCCUGGGUGAGAAACACAGGUCUAUACAGUAACUUUCAAAGCCAUCAAUCAAGCAGGACUCACCCCUCAACAGCAGAGUCUUCAGGACCAGCAAGCAAAGUUUGCAGGUUUCUUCUGUCUCAAAGCCUGGGUGAACUUCCGAAUGACAACUCCCUGGACAGAGGUUCAAGCAGAGAGUCUGAGCAGAACAAACCCAGCACAGCCCCUCGAAGCCUUCAGAACAGACCAGCUGGGAACUGCCCCUGGUACAUCGCACUACUGCAUGAGAAGGAGCAGUGUUUGCUGAUGCUCGGGGAUGAAAUUAACCGACUGUCCGUGUUUGAGUUCGAAGCGGCACGAAAGGAUCAGAUGAUCGCAGUUCUCCAAGAAAAAGUGGCUGGACUGUCCAAUCAGCUGAGCCUGGCCAAGAAUGAGGAAGUCAUCACAGCUCAGGCAGCACUGAUCCUACGCUUGGGGGGUGAAGUCAGUCAUCUCAGGAAGUUUGAAGCUGAGAUUCUGCGUAAAGACCAGCUAAUAGAAGAUCUGAGAGAGGAGAUUGAGAGUUUGAAGUUGCAGCAUCACCAAUGGGAAUCCGACUUCAUGGAGCAAAAGACUGAUUGCUCGGACACCAGGCAUGAGAAUAUGGAAGUUGAAUCUGCUGGAAAUGAGAGCGAUUGCCCGUCUGUGUCUCAGCCAGAGUCUCUGUCAGAGUCUCAGUCUGCGUCUCAGCCGAAAAGGAGUAAUGAGAAACUGGUACAGGAGCUGCAGACAUUAAGAAAGAACUAUAUGAUUUCUACAGGCACAGUGUCUUCCCUAAGGAGGGACCUCUCUUUCCGAGAGGCAGACCUGCUGAAGGCCGGGUCUGAUCAAGACAGAUUGCAGAGGGAGUUGACGGAGAGGGUGGCACAGCUGCAUGCCAUGUCUAGCAAGUUUUCCAGUUUAAGAGAUGGCAGGAAACAUGAAGAUGUGAUGUCUGAGCUGGAGAAGGAAAGUGUUAUACAGAGAAAGCAAAUUGCAGAACUGCAGCGGGAGGAAUCCAAGAGAAAUGAGCUGCUGGCCGGCUGCAAGGUCAAGAUCCAGAACCUGCAGCAGGAGCUGGCAGCAGAGAGAGCCAGCCUCGCUCAGCUACAGAAGGACCGCACGGAGAUCCAGAACAAAGCCGCUGCCCUGCAGCAGUCAGAGCACCAGACCAAAGUGGCUCUGGAGCAGCUGCAGUCCAGGUUUGAAAGAUUCCGGGGAAAAAUCAUCCAGGCUGCCUACCUUGCGCCAGGUGCCAAGCUCCUGGUGACUGAAGUCAGUGACAACGAGAUACUCAGCACCAUGCAGAAAAUAGUUAAUGACCGCUCUGAGUUUCACCAAAUGCUCAUACAGAAAGGAGAGAAAGUUCCAAACCUGUAUAUCACAGAGACAUCAGAAAAACAAGCCAAGCCCAAAUCUCCAUCCAAGAAGAGCUGAAGCAAUCUGGCUAUUCAUUGAAAAAAAAACACAAUGAUUACUGAGCAGCAGCUGCACAGUCCCAAUGGUAUUUAUUAUUCAUAAUUAAAUACAGGAUCAUACACCCAUGCUGGUUAUCACCAAUACAGUAACACAUUUCAGAUGUUCAGAUCAGUGAGUGUCCUAUCAGUUCCUUCCCAUCUACCCUAUUUUUGAUAAUUACAUUGUUUUUAGCCAGGAAAAAGUCUUCUUGCCAUUUUCUGAGAUUUUCAUUAAUAAGAUAACAGAAUAAAAAAUUCAACUGAUGCUAUAGCUAGGAUGCUGUGCGUAUGUUUGUUAUAAUUUAAAGUACUUAAUAUUGCAUAUACAUGAUAGAACUAUGUGCAUAAUCUCUGCAAUAAAAAUGUUCUGUGAAUUCGAA